GAAACUUCUGUCAUGAUGAACAGUUGGGGAACUCGGUUUGGAUUGCUGCUGGCGCUGGCGCUGGUGCUGAUAGGGGCCUGUUCUGCUGCCGAUUAUCGACUUGGAGGCAGCGUCGUGCCCUCCUUUUAUAACUUGACAAUCAGCGUAUUAAGUAAUGUGGCCGAACCUACACUUUUCUAUGGAGAAGUCAACAUAACUCUGCAGGUGGUCGGCACGUCGGAGGUUCGGCAAAUCACGCUACACAAAGACGCGAUCGACAUAGACGAAUGCUGGCUGUACAACGAGUCCGGAGUUCAAGUGCAGCCAAUUGACAUUAGCCUGCUGAUAUAUGAUGAGGCGACACAGCAGCUGACAGUGCCGCUAUCUCAGGCAUUAAAUUUCCAUGGGGAGUACACGCUGGGCUUCAAGUACACCGGUAGAAUACGUACGGACAUGGCCGGACUCUUCUCCGCCAGCUACGUCGAGCAGGAUACUGGCAAGACCAAGUGGCUGGGCGUAACCCAAAUGCAGCGACUCAAUGCCCGCCUGGUGUUUCCCUGCUUCGAUGAGCCAGCCUUCAAGGCACAGUUCCAAUUGCAAAUUGUCAGACCCUCCGGCUAUGAGGCAAUCAGCAAUACGAAGCUACUUUAUACAGCAGAGGAGGGCACGGAUCGCUUUGUCGAUCACUUUGAGGUCACACCCGCCAUGUCCACAUAUCUUCUGGCCUUCAUCAUCGCCGAAUACACGGCACGCGGCAAUGUCAGCGACUUUGCAGUGCUGACCCGUCCCGAGUUUUACGACCACACGGAGUUCAGCUUUCAGGUGGGACAGCGCGUACUGUCCGCGUAUGAUGAGCUCUUCCAGCAGUCGUACGCCUCCCUGGGCAAUGAUGUUUUGCAGUACGCGACCUCACCGCGUUUCCCCCACAACGGCAUGGAGAACUGGGGGCUCAUUAUCUACAGCGACGAUGUGUUGGUCAAGGUGCCAGGCUAUACGGAUGACUGGUCGGACAAGGAAUUCACUGUACGAAUCAUCGCACACGAGACUUCCCAUAUGUGGUUUGGCGACAGCGUCACCUUCUCCUGGUGGAGCUACUUCUGGCUGAACGAAGCCUUUGCUCGCUACUACGAGUACUUCAUGGCACAUCAGCUCCAUCCUGAGUAUCGGCUGGAUGAGCAGUUUGUGGUGCGCCAAAUGCAGCUUAUUUUUGCCUCAGACGCUGUGAACAGCAGCCAGCCCAUGACAAGCCCAGAGGAGAGCAUACAAACGCCUUCACAGAUUGGCUUCAAGUUCAGCGCCAUUGCCUAUGCCAAGGGCGCGUGCAUUGUCCGCAUGUGGCGCAAUUUGAUGGGAGCCAACAACUUUGACACCGCCAUCAGGAACUACCUUAAGCAGCACCACUUGGGCAAUACAAGGCCAAGGGAUUUGUUUGCUCACCUUAUUGAUAACUGGCCCACGGAUCAGUAUGUCAAUCUGGAGCAGUUUUUCUACGACUUCACCGAGCAGGUUGGCUAUCCCAUGCUGAUAGUGAAUGCGACACGGGACAACCAAAUUAUCCACGUGGAGCAGAUGCGUUUUCUGCUCAAUCGCGGAGACGGCAGUGAUCCCGAUCUGAGGUACACUGUGCCCAUAACCUACGCCACGAAUCUGUCGCCCGACUUUGACAACCUCACGCCCAGAAUAUACCACCAUAGGGUUGUGGACAUACUGACGAUUUCCUUCGAGGAGCAACCUAUUGAGUGGAUCGUCCUCAACCUGAAGCAGUCCAACUAUUAUCGCGUGCUCUACGAUACGCCGCUUCUGAACAGCCUUCAGGUGGCUUUGUCCUCGUCCAGCCACAGUGGCGUGCCCGUAGAGAACCGAGCACAGAUUGUCGACGAUCUGUUUAACUUUGCCCUGGUGGGGUACAUCGACUACGCGGAUGUCUUCAAAUUUAUGGAGUACCUGAGCCAGGAGGUCGACUAUGUGCCCUGGUAUGCCACCUACCAAGGACUGCAGUUCGUGGCGAAGCGUCUAACGCCGAAUCAGCUGCCAAACUUCCAGCAGUACCUGAGCGACAUCACAGCCUCAGUAUUUGCCAAGCUGGGUGUAACCUGGAGCUCCGACGACACCGCCUUGGACGUGUACAAUCGCAAUAAGCUGGUGGAUUGGCUGUGUCGUUACCAGACCCGCGAUUGUAUUCAAUUGGUUGCGGAUAAAUUCACCAACGACUUUGAGAAACCUUCGCCUGACUACCGUCGCACAUUUUACUGUGCCGCUGCCCGAUCCGAGCCCUACGAGCGCGUGAUGGAGUUCUAUCGAGAGGAAACCAAUGUCAAGGAGCGGGAACUCCUCUGGGCAGCCGCCAGCUGUACGAGAUCUUAUGUGGCGCACUACCAAAACGAGAUACUGACCAACGGGAGCACUGUCAGCCAAAAGACCAUCGGCUUGGCCCAGAUGUAUCAACAGAAUCCAGACCUAAUUACUCCCAUUUUCAAUAUGCUGGCCGAGAACAUCACACCGUUGGCUGAGGCCUUGGACAGCUGGGCAGCGACUGCUGUGGUGAUUAGCGAUCUGGCGGAUUACUUCACCAGCAGAGAGCAGCUCCAGCUGCUGCAGGAUUUCUACGAUGGCAAUCACCUGCUCUUCGGCCAGUCGGCAUCAGAGCUGAGCAAGGCCCUGGAGACGGUGGAGCAAAACGUGCAAUGGACGGAGAUGCGUCUGGACAGACUGGCCAACUACUUGAGCAAACGGAAGGACAACGGCGGUCAGCAGUCGGCCCAAGUGCUUGUGAUGCUUGUGUUGGCGCUGCCCUUGCUGCUGGCUUGGCUCUGAUUUGCGAUGAAGUAUUAAGGAAAUAAAUGAUUAACCCGCGUUGGGGCACAGCGGGAUAAAUGC